AUUGGGACCAGAGAUGCUUCUUUAAAAUUGCCUUUAUGAUCACUGCUGGAACAGCCCAGGACCAAUCUGCAGUGAACAGCUUCACAGGAAUAUGCACAUUUAAAUCCUGACCGUCUUGAUUUCCAAACUUCCAGCUUUGAACAAAAUGCUGGUUUUCACAAUCCUCCUGGCUGUCUUUGGCCUGGUCAGAUGUCAGGAAUUACUAACUUAUGACCUGUUGGAAGAGUUCGGCUUGUCCGAGUCAAGAGGGGUGAGAAGGGUCAAUGGGUCUGAACCCGAUGCGGUGGCGUACCGCGUUAACCCGUCCCUCCACCUCAAGAAGAGCACGAGCGACAUCUACCCAGGAGGUCUACCGUCAGACUACUCUAUCAUCGCCACCUUCAAAGUAACCAAGGACACUGCUAAAACAUCCUGGAAUCUGUGGCAAGUCAGUGACCCUGAAGGACGGGACCAGGUGGGCCUUCGUUUUCAGGGCGACACCAAAACCCUGGACUUCUUCUACACCAGCCCACAAGGCACACAGAUGCUGCGGACCUUCCAGAGGGUGGAGAAAGUCUUUGACGGCGAGUGGCACAAGCUGGCACUGAGUGUGAAAGGAGAGCAGGUGAAGCUCCUGGUGGACUGUGAGGAGGUCAGCGUGGAGCCUCUGGACGAGCCGCGGCCGCUGAUCCGGCAUGGCUUUACCUCCAUCGCCAAGAGGGCUGUAGGUGACCGCUCGGUCUCGGUGGAUCUGCAAAAGAUGCAAGUCUCCUGUGAUGCUGAUCAGGCAUACUCUGAAGGCUGCUGUGAGCUCUCCAGCGUGUGCGGAGGAUAUGCUGAGAUUGGUUUAACUGCAGGAAGAGGAAGAGCAACCUGUAAAUGUGUACAUGGACAGCCGGGUGUCCAGGGACGGCCAGGACCCAAGGGUCACAGAGGCCUGCCAGGGAAUACGGGAGAGCCCGGCAGACUGGGAAACUGGGGGAUACGUGGGAAGACUGGAGAUUAUGGACACAUAGGAGAACCUGGGCCUAAGGGUGAAGAAGGUAUCAAAGGAGAAAAGGGCAUGCGAGGACUUCGAGGCCAGGAGGGUGGCAGAGGACCCAAAGGCCUGAAAGGGCUAAAAGGAGCUUCAGGCCAUAAGGGAGUGCGAGGGACACCUGGAGAGAGGGGUGAAACCGGCCAGCAGGGGGAAGUUGGUGCAGCAGGAGAACGGGGAUACGAGGGGAUUGCGGGCUAUCAGGGAGUGAAGGGAAAUGAAGGCUUACCCGGAGCUGAAGGAUCUCGAGGACCACGGGGUCAACUGGGGAUUGUGGGAGAUCCCGGUGAGCGAGGAACACCUGGAGACAAGGGAAAGCCAGGUAUUCUAGGCCCAAAAGGAAGAGUUGGUGGAAUGGGGGGAAAGGGUAUAGUUGGUGAUCCAGGUUUGCAAGGGCGAGACGGAGACCCUGGAAUUGAGGCUUAUCAAGGACCACAGGGACCCGAGGGAAGACAUGGCCAAGUUGGCGAAAGGGGUGAGAAAGGUGAACAUGGGCCUCCAGGGAACAUGGGCCCUCCUGGACUCACAGGGCCGCAAGGUUACAAGGGCUCUGCUGCAAAGCCAGGAAGACCAGGAUUUAUUGGGCCCCCUGGAAGAACGGGGCAUAUGGGAAUACCCGGCAGACCAGGCCCCAAGGGUGACACUGGCAUGCAAGGGAUCCAGGGAAGCAAAGGGCAGAAGGGUGCAAAGGGAGUCAAAGGACCUAAAGGCAGGACAGGAGACGCCGGUGUGCCAGGGCAACAGGGAAGCAGAGGAAAGCGAGGCCCUGCUGGAGAGUCGGGUAGAAAAGGCCGUGUAGGCUCCAAGGGCGUGAUAGGAGACGGCGGUCCAGUGGGCUUUCAGGGCCCUCCAGGCCCACCAGGCCCCACUCUCCCUGCUCAACAUGUUAUUGAGGUCUGCAAGCAGGUGGUGCUGGAGCAGAUGUCCACAUUCGCCAACUCUGUGAAAAGAACUUGUGCAGCCGUGUGCCCGCUCUAUGGAGACGUGCCAAUGGGCGCCCCAGGUCCCCCAGGAUCGAAAGGACCACCUGGACCUCCAGGUGAUCCUGGCAUUGAUGGUCUUAAAGGAGAAAUCGGACAGCAGGGAUUCUACGGAGAACCCGGUGACCUGGGCAGACAGGGCUCAACAGGUGACAGGGGAGAACCAGGAGACAAGGGAGGCAAAGGCUAUGGCCUUCCCGGACACAUUGGGGAGCAGGGACCAAAGGGUAAGCGUGGGCGACCUGGCCAGGCAUUUGAUGGGCAACCAGGUCGGAUGGGAGAGAGAGGCCAUGUUGGCCAGCUUGGUUUGAGGGGCCACCCUGGACUACGUGGAGUUCCUGGAGUCUGUCUGACAUCUGGGUGUGCCUUACUUAAUGCUACUUCUAAUGGAUCGCCACAAGUACCUCUGCAGGCACCUCAACGGGCACCUCAACCAUCACCUCAAAGGGCAACUUCGAGGCUCAGAGGACGCCAAUGAAUGCACCCUAGAAGGAAACAUUGUGACAUUUGGAUCUCAGUGUGUGUUUAGUAGUAUGGCGGAAGGAUUAGAAACCGAAAUUGUGAGGUGAAGGGCAAUUAAUGUAAAUAUAAAACUGAAAUCCAUUCAAAGACUGAAACACUGAUCUAAAACUGUAAAAUGCAAAGCUAUCACAAACUGCAAGACAUUAAACCUGUUGACCAACUUUUAUUAAUAAUGCAAAUUAAGGUAAUUUAAAGAUACAGAUAAAGUUUGCAUACAUUAACCAAUGUAUAUGUAGUUUCAAAGUGAUCUGCACAUUUCUCAAUUUUAUUUUCAAUGAAUGCUGUUUAUAAUA